AUGGCGACUAUGGACAAAAUCUUCCAAGGCUUCGAGGAGCGUCAGGCCAAGCUCCUCGAAGACGGCCUCAAGAACCCUCUUACCCACGGCGCUGCUCUUAUUGAAGGUCAAAUCACACCCUUAUACGAGGCGCGGAUCCCAAUCCUCGACCAAGGCUUCCUCCAUAGUGACCUCACCUACGAUGUGCCCGCCGUGUGGGACGGGAAGCUUUUCCGCUUCAACGACCAUCUUGACCGGCUUGAGAGAAGCUGUGCCAAGCUGAGACUCAAGCCGCCAAUGACACGAAACGAGAUUGAACAAGUAACCCUUGAUUUAAUCGCCAAGAGCGGCAUUCGGGACGCAUAUGUUCAGCUUAUCGUCACCCGUGGCUUCCGCUUCGUCCGAGAACCUAUGCCCAGCGGCACGCCUGAGAACCAUUUCAUCUAUAUCCUGGUUAUGCCCUACGUAUGGGUUAUGCCUUAUCAAAUGCAGCCAUUUGGCGGAGAGGCAAUCGUCACCCGCACUGUUCGCCGUGUCCCGCCCGGUGCGAUUGACCCAACAAUCAAGAGCCUCCAAUGGGGCGACUUAAUCAGGGGUCUCCUCGAGGCGCAGGAUCGAGGCUCACAGUACCCAUUCCUGACUGAUGGGGACGCAAAUAUCACCGAGGGUGCAGGCUACAACAUCGUUUUUGUCAAAGAUGGCAGUCUCUAUACUGCUAAGAAGGGCGUGCUGGAGGGUGUUACCCGACAAUCUGUUUUCGACGUUGCAAAGAACGCUGGGAUCCCGGUCCAUCUCGGCGACGUUCCUACUAGCCUGGCGUACGAAGCUGAUGAGAUCUUCAUGUGUACUACAGCAGGGGGGAUCAUGCCAAUUACGAAGCUUGAUGGUGAGUCGAAGGGCGAGGUUGGUCCUAUCACCAAGUUGAUCUGGGAUGGAUACUGGGCGAUGCAUUACGACCCAAAAUAUACUACCGCCAUUUCCUACGAGACGUAG